UUCAAUAGGCUAGUUGCCUAAAUUUGAUUGAUUGUUAGACAAUAUACCUUAAUAUCUAUUAUGCAUGAGAAAAAUAUUAUUUUUAAAAAACACAUACAUUUUCAAUUUGUAUUUCGCAUUUAAAGAAAUUACAUUAAAUUUCCCUCGAAAACGCUCAAAACUGUCAUGGCGUCUUGUAUAACGUCACUCCGUGCGAAAUACAACAGCUUUUAUAUGGAUAUUGUAAAUGUUUUGUGAUUAAAAAUGAAUCCUUCGUAUUACAAAUACUGUAUAGUGCCCCAAUGUAAAAGCACAAGCAUUAAAACGCCAAACAAAUUAUUUAUAUUUGUCCCAAGCAAACAAGAAAUACGGAAAAAGUGGCUAACACUCACACAAGCAAGGAAAAAUAAUGCACAUUGUUUUUCAACAAAUUCAAGAAUGUAUUUUUGUGAAGAUCAUUUCGAUUUAGCAAAUGAUAUGCUCAAUUAUACUGAGUAUCAUAUUAUGGGAAAAGUAUCACAAGUGCGCAUGAAACCAGGAUGUACUCCAAGUAGAUUUGAAUGUCAAGAAGACAGAAGAAAGCGAACAUGCAGCAGCGCAGAACGACCGUACAUGUUAAAAAAACAAAGAAUGGAGAUAAUAGCAAAUUGUCUUAAAGAUAAUACAAAUACUAUCGAGUGUUUGAAAAAACCAGAAGAAAGUUGUUCGAAAAGUCUACAUCUCAAAGAUAUUCCCCAUACAAGCUCAGAUUUUCAAACAGACUUAUUGAAUGAGUCAGAACCUUUAUGUGAACAGAAAGUAAAUAAAUCAGUUCAAGUAUUUCUAACACACAAGUUCAGAAGUAAAGCAAGUCAGACCAAAAUAAAAACUGUAAACCAGGCAUUGUCACCCUGGAAACCAUCAGUGACAUCGAGUUUCACGUCCCCAUUUAAAACUGAGAUUAUUAAAAAAUCAUGUCCUUCUGUCUCCAACCUACGCAAAAUUACAAAAAAAAUAUUGAUUGAGGAAGAGCACUCAGAUAGUGAUGUUUCCCUUUAUAUACCGUGUGAAGCCACCUACAGUCGUUCACCAUCCAUACAUUCAUUGCAAGUUAAGUCAUCUUCAGACAGUGAAUUGAUUGCUGAAGAAAGAAAACUAGAAGCUGAUGUGAUGUUAGUGAACACACUUAAAAAAAUUGAAAAGAAGCCUCGCUUGUAUCUUGGUAUUCCAAGUAAUUGUUAUUACUUAGUUGAUAUUUUAAAAGAUGAUUUGAAGAUUCCAAAACAUCAUUUAUUAUUAUGUUUACAUAAGAUAAGAUUAGACGUUAAAUUUAAUCAGCUUGCAGAUGAUUAUGGGAUGUCUUCAGCAAAUUUAAGCAAGAUAUUCUUAAAAAAUAUACCCCUUAUUGCUAGUUUAAUGCGUCCUUUUAUUGUGGAACUUGACAAAGAUAUGAUUAAAAGGACUUUACCUAUGGCAUUUAGACAUAGGUAUAAUAAUGUCAGUUGCAUUAUAGACUGCCUAGAGAUAGAGGUGCAAAAGCCAUCUAAGGCUAUCAACCAGGCCAUGACAUGGUCCGAUUAUAAAAAAGCAAAUACUAUAAAGUAUUUAAUAUCAUGCACACCAAAUGGACUUGUUAAUUAUAUCUCUCCUGGAUUUGGAGGAAGAACAACUGACACAUGUGUAGUUGAAUCGUGUGAUUUUAUAAAGACAUUAAAAAGUGGCAUGGUAGUAAUGGCAGAUAGGGGGUUUAAACAUGUAGAGAAAUUUUUACAGAAAGCUAAUAUAACUCUGGUAAGACCUCCUAGUGUAGAAACAGGAGUGAAAAUGACGAAGAACCAAGUAAGAGUUACUAAACAGAUUGCAAGCUUAAGAAUUCACAUAGAAAGAGUUAUUCGGCGCUUACGUGAAUUUUACAUGCUUAAACCACAUGCAUGUGUUAAUUUUAAAUUUGUUAAAAUCCUGGAUGAUAUAAUAAUUAUAGCAUGUGCCCUAGUUAAUUUGCAAGAUUCUUUAAUAAAAUAAAACUAUUCUUUAAUUUCAAAAAA